AUGCCGCAGCGCGGAAGAACAUCACCACGGUCGCCGCCUCUCUCACCUGAAGCAGGCCCGCGGCCUGCGCUGCGGCCGCUUGGGGCACGCGGCCUGCCGCCGCCGCCGAGCAGCCGUGAGCGACAGAGCCAGGUCGGUCUUCGCAAGCCGCUGCGGAUGGAGACACCCAAGCAGGUGCACAUUCCCGGUGCUGACGAGGUGCGCAAGGCGGUGGAAAUCAAGGCCCGAAAGGCUAGCGAGACUACCUCGGUCCGCAAGAGCAAGCGGGUGCGGGUGCUGGAGCUGCCGGCGCCCGCGACCAACCCGAAGGACGCCAGCAGGGACGAGAUCGAGACGCUCGAGAUGGCGCGCGAGGUCGACGAUGCUCGUGCGUUCCGGGCUGACCUCAACGAGUGGCUCCGUGGCAUCGAGACCGAGCUAGCAGUGUCGCAGUUCCGCCCGCUGGCGCGGCGCGGCGCGCUGACAGCCAGCGGGCCGCACGAGCCGGCUCACCUCGCGCGUCAUCUGCAGGUGAGCCUCGCCGAGCUCCCCACACUGGAUGCCAGCACCAUGACGAGCGAGUUUGUGCUGCGGACGGUGAUCCGGGCGCAUGCGGGAGUCAAUAGCAGUGGUGCUGUUCCGUCCGACGCCGAGGCCGGCGUGGUGGUUCGGCAAGUCGGCUUCAAGCCCUCGCUCGACCCCGAGCUGAAGGAGAGCUCGAUUGUGGCGAGCGUGGGUGGCGAGACGGUCAUUAUUGUUGACUGUGCGUCGCGUAACGUCGUCAAAAAGUGCCGGCCCGCGGCUGACGCGCCGCCGGGCAUGCCGCGCGAGAGUCUCGCGGCGCUAGCGUGGACAGUCCUACCUGCGGCCGAUGAGCGCAUUGUGCUCGCGGUCGGUGGCACACUGGGCGUCAUCUACCUUCUUGCGCCUGAUCUCAACGUUCUUUACGAGGCUAUUCGGCUGGGAAUCGACCACGGCAUUACUGCGCUUGCCUUUCAUCCUGUCAAGUCAGCGUGGCUGUUCUCAGCCUCGGCCUCGGGCGUCGUCCUCCUGCACGACGUCGGGUGCCCCGGACCGUCGGCCGAGGCGUAUCCGCCGACCACUCUGGCCUCGUUUUCGUGCGCCGGGCGCGGCGGCCUGCACUCACUCGCCCUCUCGCCCAUGCACGACAUGCUGUUCGGCGCCGGCGCCAACGGCAAGCUCCACUGCUGGCCGCUGGGUGAAGAGCUUGAUCAGGUGCGCAACCCGCGGCCGCGGUGGCUGGAACACUCUACCCGGACCCGGCUCUCGUCCAAGACUGCGACUGUCCAUGGCUUUCACGCUCGGGUUCAUGGCGGGCCGCUGGCGUUUGCGCUCCCUCUCUCGGCUCACAGCAUCGCGGUCGCUUCGGCAGCAUGCCCACUCGUCGACGUCCUCGUGGCCGGCUUCGCCUCGGUGGGAGAGCCGGGUGGACUCGGCUCGGAUGCAGAGAGCGAAGGCAGUGAUGGCGACGAGAGCCGGAGCAGCGAGCCAGUGCCCGAGUGCAGCGAUGUGGUGAGCCUUGAGAUGAGGGCACUUCUCGAGGUGCCCGAGUUUGGCCAGGGCCUUGGCGCGCUCUCGCCAGCUGGCGCUAUUUGA